AUGCGUUCUCAAUAUACUCCAGUGGGACUCCUUCUUCUGGCAUCUAUUACUGGCGUCCUUUCAGUGCCCCUCAGUUUAACUCACGAUGCUCCUGCUAACGCCGCUGAAACAACCAACCAAGGCAAUCUCGACGCGGCCACAGUCGAAGCUAAUCGGCAAAUCGGCAUAAUGAAGAAAGUCAUCGCAGACCCUGACAACGCGAAGCAUAAACCUCUCAUCGAUGCCGCGUUCGGAGCGAACGCCGACCGGGACGUCAUUAAAGCAAAUGUCGAGAAGCUCAAGACCGGCAACGUUCCUGUCAAGCUUGCCUCCGAGCCAAAAGUUCUCGCCUACACGCAAUACUCUGAUACGGAUCCCGCGGUCGCUCAACAUGUUGUGUUCGGUGAAAAUUACCAUGCAUCUUCGCCUGCCGCUAAAGCCGGUACGCUAAUCCACGAAGCCACACAUGUACUCUCAGACACUGGCGAUUAUAUGAGGGGCAGGCCUGGCACUAUGAUCCCAGGUAGCGACCCACGUACGUCGGCCAAAACGGGAUACACAAAGUCGAUGGAGCCGUAUAAGACCGUUGACCAAAUCAAUGCCGACAAAGAUUUCGUCAAGAUACGCGAUAAGACCGGAGGUAUGCAGAAUAACGCGGAGUCCUACGCGCAAUUUGCAAGCUUAUGCGCUAAUGCUGGUCUCCGCCGCCGCGAGUUCCACAUGUACAGACGAGCGUUGGCGGAUGGUGAUCACGACAUGGCUGCCCAUUACCUCGUGAGGCGCCAGUCGUGCGCGCUUCCCAAGGACUACUUCAAGAAUAAGGCCGCUGCGAAAAAGGCUGCGGAGGCGAAAACUCCUGCCGCUGGUGACAAGAAAGCUGCAUCCAAGCUUGCCACGACCUCCAAAGCCUUGAGCGGUUUAACUGCGGGUGCCAAAAAGUCCGCUCUGACACCCGGCUCCAAGAAAUCGGCUUUGACGCCCGGAUCCAAGAAAUCCGCGUUGACCCCUGGGUCCAAGAAAUCCGCACUUACGGCUGGCGCGAAAACUUCCAAACUCACCUCGGCAACUAAAGGACGUUUAGCUGCUGGAAAGAAAUCUACUCUGACACCUGGAGCAAAGAAAUCCGCUCUCACGGCGAAAAAAUCAUCAUCUAAACUCCCCGCUACCUCCAAAGCCAGCAAAGCUUCCAAACUCACCAAAUCAGCCCUUGGUACCAAAGGCAAACUUGCAGGUAAAGGCGUCGCCGGUGCUCGCAAACCAACGUCCAAGUCACCUACCGGCAAGCGCGUUGCCUCUGCAAAAUUCGGAGCCGCUGGCGCGAAAAAACUCGGCGCUGGUAAGAAAACCGCCACAGCCAAGUCCCUGACGAAGGGAGCAGCUCGCGCUGGUGCCAAGAAGGUUGCUGGUGCGCGUACACCGGGUUCCAAGGCUCUCACUAAGGGAGCUAACCGCGCGGGUUCCAAAAAGGUGGCUGGCUCUCGUACCACAAAGGGAGCGGGUGCUAAGAAGGCAGCUGGCGCGAAAGUUCUGACCAAGGGAGCGAAUCGCGCAGCAUCCAAGAAGGUCACUGGUGCCCGUACCACCAAGGGAGCGGCUUCGAAGAAGGCAGGUGCGGCGAAGGCUCUUACCAAGGGAGCAAACCGUGCAGCGUCCAAGAAGGUCGCUGGUGCCCGCACUCCCAAAGCUCCUGGCAAGGGAGCGGGCUCCAAGAAAGCUGUUGGCGCGAAGUCCUCUACCAAGGGAGCGAACCGUGCAGGUGUCAAGAAGACUGCAUCAAAGGUUGGGGGAACUAAGAAGGCAGGCGCAGCAGGAGCUAAAAGGCCUUCCGCCAAGACCACUGGCGCUCGCAAACCGACAUCCAAGGUUGCAGGAAAGCCCGCCUCCAAGUCCCUCGUGAAAGGAGCCGCCGGCGCCAAGAAGGUCACGUCCGCGGGUAAGCCGACAUCAAAGGUGUCCUCUCCCACUAGAGGUGCCACUGGUGCUAAGAAGGUCGUCGGGGCCGCGGCUAAGUCUGCCCCAAAGAAGAGCACUGUUUCGGCCGGCAAGGCAGCUGUGAAGAGUGUUGCGACCCCCCAGAAUUUGAAGAAGGCUGCGACGCUCACGGCUACUGUGGCUACAAAGGGCAAGAAGAAGUAAUUUAUUGAGUUUGUAUGGAGCAGUUGUCGUAAACGUUGUACGUUG